AGCGCCAGGCAGGACGCAGCCCUGCCCGCUGCCCGCACCCCGCAAUCACGGGCAGAGCGCGUGGGGCCAGGGGGUGGCCGCCCCCCCCUGAGGACCGCGGCCCCCCAGCCCCGCCAUGGGGGUGCUGCAGGCGCUGGUGGGUGCCUCGGAGAAGGCGGCGGACAUCGCCCGGCUGUGCCGCCGCGAGGAGCCCCUCUUCCAGCUCCUGGUGGCCGAGAAAUCGGGGGCCGACAGGAACAGGAGGUUCCCCCAGGACUUCAAGACGCUGGCGGACGUCCUCAUCCAGGAGGUCGUCAAGCAUGACCUGGGCAAGGAGUUCCCCGAGCUGCAGGGCCACAUCCACGGUGAGGAGUCCAACGAGUUCAGGAAUGGGCAAGGGGAGACGGUGGCGGUGCGGGUGUGCGCCACGCCGGGGGACACCGCGGCCCUGCUGCGCUCCGUGCUGGAGCCCGAGCGGGCGGCCGCCGAGCUGCUGGCAGCCGCCGUGCACCGGGACGUGGCACCGGGGGACGUGGCACCGGGGGACGCGGCGCUGGCCGGCGUGGAGCUCAGCAUCCCCCCUGGGGACCUGGCCGUCUGGAUAGACCCCAUCGAUGCCACCAACGAGUACAUCAGCGGGCGCGAGGACGUGGCCCCCAUCGACGGCAUCGCCCCGGGGGGGCUGCGCUCGGCGCUGGUGCUCAUCGGGGCCUACAACCGGCACACGGGCUGCCCGGUGCUGGGGGUCAUCAACGAGCCCUUCUUCCGCCGGGACCCCCUGACCCGCAGGUGGCAGGGGAGGUACCACUGGGGCGUCGCGUACGGGGACACGCGGCUGUGCUCGCUGAGCCCCCCGCCGCUGCGCCCCGCACCCCCCCGCGUGGUGCUGAGCCGGGCGGAGGGGGAGGCGGUGCGGGCGGCCCUGGGCCCCCCCUGCGGUAACGGCCCGCGCUUCGCCGCCGGUGCCGGCUACAAAAUGCUCUGCGUCAUCCUGGGGCUGGCGGAUGCCUACGUCCUCUCCGAGGGCAGCACCUUCGCCUGGGACGCCUGCGCCCCCCACGCCAUCCUGCGUGCCCUGGGGGGGGGCACGGUGGCCCUGGCGGGGGCCCUGAGGGCACGGCGAGAGGGUGACACCGGGCCCCCCCCCGAGCUGGUGUACAACUGCCCGGUGGAGGGGGCGGCGGGGGCCGAGCGGUGGGCAAACCGGGGUGGGCUGGUGGCCUACGUGCACCCCCAGCACCUGGAGGCCGUGCUGGCCGCGCUGGCCACCGUGCCGGGGCUCUGAGCCCACGGCGGCUGGGACCCCGGGGUGCAGGGUGUGGGGUGAUUGGGAUCCUGGGGUGCAGGUUAUAGGGUGACUGGGACCCUGGGUGAAGGGUAUGGGGCGGGUGGGAUCCUGGGGUGCAGGUUAUAGGGUGACUGGGACCCGGGGUGAAGUGUACAGGGCGGGUGGGACCCUGGGGUGCAGGGUGUGGGGUGAUUGGGAUCCUGGGGUGCAGGGUACGGGGUGACCAGGACCCUGGGGUGCAGGGUGUGGGGUGAUUGGGAUCCUGGGGUGCAGGGUACGGGGUGACCAGGACCCUGGGGUGCAGGGUGUGGGGUGAUUGGGAUCCUGGGGUGCAAGGUACGGGGUGACCAGGACCCUGGGGUGCAGGGUGUGGGGUGAUUGGGAUCCUGGGGUGCAGGGUGUGGGGUGACCGGGACCCUGGGUGAAGGGUGUGGGGUGGUGGGACCCCAGUGUGCAGGGUAUGGGGUGACAGGGACCAAGAGUCACAGGGUGUCCGGGACGCUGGGGUGCAGAGUAUGGGGUGGGUGGGACCCCAGGGUGCAGGGUACG